CCCCACUUCCCGGUCCCGGCCGCCACCUCUCUUGUCUAUUCUUCCGUCUCCGGCCUCUCCGCCCCGCAAUAAAAAACCCUAGACCAAAACCCCCGAAGCACGCCGCUCCCUCUCGCCACCGCUACCUCACCGCGCGAUCCCAUUUCGAAACCAAAAGGGGGUGCUCGUACUGAGCUCUGCGCGGCACCCGAACCCUAGGAGGCGUCGGCGUUUCCGAUGGCAUCGGGUGCGGCGGACGGCGACCAGCGCUGGCUGGUGGAGUGCCUGACGGCCACGCUCGACACCGCGCGCGACGUCCGCGCCCUCGCCGAGGAGUCGCUCCGCCAGGCUUCCCUCCUCCCCGGAUAUGGAGCCGCCCUUACAAAGGUUACAAUCAACAAAGAGAUCCCGUUCGGUUUACGUCAGCUAGCUGCUGUCUUGCUAAAGCAGUUCAUCAAGCAGCAUUGGCAGGAAGAUGAAGAGAAUUUUGUGCCCCCUGUUGUUUCCACUCCAGAAAAGGUGGUUAUACGGCAGCUCCUGCUUACCUCAUUGGAUGAUUCUCAUGGGAAGAUUCGUACCGCUAUUAGCAUGGCUGUAGCAGCUAUUGGGCAACAAGAUUGGCCUGAAGACUGGCCUGAGUUACUUCCCCUUCUCUUAAAGUUAAUAGGUGACCAAAGCAACGGCAAUGGAGUUCGUGGAGCAUUAAGAUGCCUAGCCCUUCUGUCUGAUGAUCUAGACGAUACAUGUGUUCCAAAGUUAGUGCCAGAGCUAUUCCCAUCAUUGUAUAGAAUAAUAUCAUCCCCUCAUCUGUAUGAAAAUUCUCUUCGCGCAAAGGCUCUUGCAAUAGUCCAUUCAUGUAUUUCCAUGCUUGGAUCAAUGAGUGGUGUUUAUAAGAGAGAUACAGUCAUUUUGAUGACUUCAGUGCUUGAUCCACUUAUAGAGCAAUUCUCCAUUAUUCUAAAUUCUCCAGUGCAGUCCCAAAAUCCUGAUGACUGGAGCAUGCAGAUGGAGGUGCUAAAAUGUUUACUUCAGCUUGUCCAGAACUUUCCUAGACUACCUGAAGCUAAAAUUUCUGCCAUUCUUGCACCGCUGUGGCAGACAUUUGUUUCAUCAUUCAAGAUCUAUCACCUGUCAUCCAUUCAAGGCUCAGAGGAUUUAUAUACUGUUGACUACGAUUCUGAUGGUAGUGAAAGAAGUCUCGAGUCUUUCGAGAUUCAGUUAUUUGAGCUAUGGACAACAAUUGUGGGGAAUUCUAGAUUAGCUAAGGUUAUCGGCGGGAAUACCAAGGAGCUAGCAUACUAUACUAUAGCCUUUCAACAGAUAACUGAAGAACAGGUGCAAAGCUGGUCACGUGAUGCUAACCAGUAUGUUGCUGAUGAAGAUGAUGUUACUUAUAGCUGUCGUGUGUCUGGGUCACUUUUGCUGGAAGAGAUAGUAACUGCUUAUGAAGAUUGUGGAAUUGACUCCAUUUUGGAAGCUUCACAGACGUGUUUUCGUGAAUCACAAGAAUUGAAACAAGCUGGUUCUGCUGACUGGUGGAGACUGCAUGAAGCAUCACUUUUUGCGCUAGGUUCACUGUCAGAACAGUUGUGUGAAGCACAGGAUUCUGGUUUCACAAAAUACAAUGUGCGUGAUUUACUUGAGAAAAUGCUAACUGACAUUGUGGGAACAGGGGUGCAUCAGUACCCAUUUCUCCAUGCACGUGCAUUCUCCAUUGUGGCUAAGUUCUCUUCAGUGAUAAGUAAGGGAGUCAGUGAACAAUAUCUAUGCAAUGCUGCUCAAGCAAUUGCCUCAGAUGUGCCACCCCCAGUUAAAGUUGGUGCUUGUAGGGCAUUAGCCCAACUUUUGCCAGAAUCUAAUCAGGAUUUGAUUCAGCCCAGCAUUAUGGGCAUACUCUCAUCUCUUGUCGAUCUUCUGCGGCAGGCAUCUGAUGAAACGCUGCAUCUUGUUCUCGAAACCCUCCAAUCAGCCAUCAAAUCUGGUGGAGAACAAUCAACUUUAAUUGAGCCCAUCAUUUCCCCUAUCAUACUAGAUGUUUGGGCUCAACACAUUGCUGACCCAUUCAUCAGUAUUGAUGCUGUAGAAGUGCUAGAGGCCAUCAAGAGUGCUCCAGGAUGCUUACAACCGCUUGUGUCCCGGAUCCUCCCAGCAAUUGGGUCCAUUUUACAGAAACCCAAGAUCCAGCCGGAUGGACUAGUUGCAGGUUCACUGGACCUCUUGACAAUGAUACUCAAAAAUGCUCCAACUGCUGUGGUUAAAGCAGUCUUUGACACAUGCUUUAUUUCUACGAUUCUAAUUGUUCUUGAAAGUGAUGACCAUGGAGAGAUGCAGAAUGCGACAGAAUGUUUGGCAGCGUUCAUAUCAGGUGGUCGGCAGGAGUUGCUUGUCUGGGGUGGUGAACAAGGACGUACACUCAAAAUGCUACUUGAUGCAGCUUCAAGGCUUUUAGAUCCAGUGUUAGAAAGUUCAGUAUCACUCUUUGUUGGAAGCUUUGUUUUGCAACUUAUUUUUCAUAUGCCUUCGCACCUAUCUCCAUACAUACCGGAUCUCAUUGCUGCUAUUGUGAGACGUAUGCAAACAAGCAGCAUUUCAGGAUUGAAAAGCUCGCUUAUUGUUAUAAUAGCCAGACUAGUACAUCUGAGUGCACCAAAUGUUGAUCAGUUCAUCAAUCUUUUGCUUUCUAUCCCUGCCCAGGGUUAUGACAAUUCACUUGUUUAUAUUAUGUCUGAAUGGUCACAACUACAAGGUGAAAUUCAGGGAGCCUACCAGAUAAAGGUAACAACAACUGCAUUAGGUCUUCUCAUGUCUACUCGUCAUCCUGAGCUAUCAAAGGUUGAAGUUGAAGGGCAUCUUAUUAAGACUAAUGCAGGUAUAACCACACGAUCAAAAGCUCGGGUGGCUCCUGAUCAAUGGACCAAGAUACCACUCCCUGCUAAGAUCUUCUCACUGUUAGCAGAUACUUUAGCUGAAAUUCAGGAACAAAUUGGCGGUGGUGGUGAUGAUGACUGCGAAGAGGAUAGUGACUGGGAAGUUCAGAAUGGUGACACUGGUAUUGCAGAUGAUAUCAUAUACUCGGGAUCAGUUCCUUCAAAUGCUAAUCCAUCAGUUGAACAUCUAGAUGCAAUGGCUAAGGUUUUUGAUGAGGAUGACGAUGACAGUUAUGAUGAUGAUCUGACAAAAACCGACCCUCUUAAUGAGGUGAAGCUGUCAGACUUUCUUACAAACAUCUUUGUCAACCUGUGGGAGAGUGAUCGGCCACUAUUUGAGUAUCUUUGCCAGGGCCUAUCAGAUUCGCAGAGGUUCGCUGUUGAAAAUGUUUUGAGGAAGUAAAGAGUUCUACAUGAUUGAUCUAUAUUUCUUCACAUUAGAGAGAGCCAGCCUUGUAGGCAUUGGUGUAAUUGUCAUGCGUAUUAUAGUUUUGUAAUUUUAUUGGUCUAAGAUGCGGUCCAGCUCUGAAGUUGGUGGUGUGAGGUUUUGUUAGCCUAGGUCUUUUUAUCAUCGUUGAAUUUUGAGGUGUAACUAGCCAUGUCUGCAUUGUUGUAUUUGAUGGGGUGCUGUCGUUGCUGUUUGUAUCCAUGAUUCGUUUGUUGAAGGACAGUAAAAAUUAUCGGAAGAGUUAAACUCUUCACUCCUGCAGUUGUUAA